CAUAAAGUGAUCAGGACGAGGAGGGGAAAAAAUCCCAGCAAUAAACUUUAAAGAACCAAGCCAAUAGUUUCUGCCAUGAAUCAAGCUCCACGGACACAGUGAUCUGUCGGGUUGAGUUAAAUGCGCUCACAGCGGCCGCAGCAGCUUUUAUUCUCCGGAGAUACAACACUCUGAAAAGUGGAGAUGUUUGACGUGAAAUGGCUCACUGCAUGCGUCCUGGCUUUCAGUGCAGUCACUCACACCGUUAAAGUGACUGAGCGGAAUGGACUGGGAUUUUUAGAGAAUGUUUUACACUAUUAUGGUGAGAAUAAAUCAAUUACAACGGAGAAGCUGGAAGAUCUGCUGCUGUUGAUCUCAACCAGAAGAUCUGAGUCGGUAACUGAAGAAAAUCCACUUCAAGACAAAGAGUGUCCCUCAGCGGAGCAGAUUUUGUCCCACUUUGGCUUCAGUAAUGUCACUGAGCUGACUGUGGAACAUCUGGAGAGGAUCUGUCCCGCUGUGUUGACCCAGGUGCUGCUGCCCUCCUGCCCCUACGUCAGUCCAAUAACUGUGCCUGCUGUUGACUACUCUGUGUGGGGUUAUGGAUUUCUGGCUGUAACCAUAAUCAACUUGGCAUCUCUUCUUGGUCUGCUGCUGAUCCCUUUCACUAAGAAGUCAUAUUUUCCCAAAGUGCUGACUUACUUUAUUGGCCUGGCCAUUGGGACUCUCUUCUCCAAUGCUGUACUUCAGCUUAUACCAGAGGCUCUGGGUUUUGAUCCUAAAGCAGACAACUAUGUGGCAAAGGCAGUUGGCAUAUUUGGCGGAUUUUACCUUUUAUUUUUUGUGGAAAAGAUACUGAAAAUGUUUCUCAGGACUGACCAUGAGCACGGCCACAGCCACUUCACUCCUGCAGACCCACCUCAGGAAAACCGUGUACAGAAUGGAGAUGCUUGGGGGAAAAAGGACUCUGUCGUUUUGACCAACAUUACCACUGUAGCUACAGAUAAGAGCAGCCCGGCCAUUGAGCAUCCGCAUACAAAUGUGACACCCUCUCAGGACGCCCAGGUGUCUGAUUCGAUGUGCCACUGGCUGCGUGGGAAGCGCAUCACCAGCAUCAAGACAGUGGCCUGGAUGAUAUCUCUGAGUGAUGCUUUGCACAACUUCAUCGACGGUCUGGCCAUCGGCGCUUCGUUCACCGUAUCCGUUCUGACAGGGUUCAGUACGUCCACCGCCAUCUUCUGUGAGGAGUUUCCCCAUGAGCUGGGGGACUUUGUUAUCCUGCUGAAUGCUGGAAUGAGCAUCCCUCAGGCCAUUUUCUUCAACCUGCUGUCAUCAAUGUCCUGUUAUAUCGGCCUUGUGUUUGGUAUCCUGCUUGGAAGCAACUUUGCCCCGAAUGCUAUCUUUGCCAUCGCAGGAGGAAUGUUCCUGUAUAUUGCACUAGCAGACAUGUUCCCAGAAAUGGAUAGUAUAGCAAGGGAACAACGGGAAAUUUCAAGCAAGAUCAUCUUCUUUCUGAUCCAGAACGGCGGGCUGCUGUCCGGCUUCACCAUCAUUCUGAUGAUCACUAUGUUUGCAGGGAACAUAAACUUGGGAUAGAAGGGAAAAGAAACACUCACACGUUGCCUUUGUUUCUGCUCACACAGGUUGGGCUGAAAGUGAAUGUAAAGGGAAAGUUUUGUAUGAACUAAACCAAGUGGACUAUCAAUUUAGUGAAACGUUUACUCCACUUUUAUAAAAUCUUUAAAAUCAGUGACAUUUAUCUUAGAAAAACAAUAAAUUAUUUUUACUCUUCAUUUGUGAAAGGGUUUCCAUUUCCUUCAUGUGUGUUACAUAAUCUUUAAUAAAAAUGGAUUUUUA